CGGGAGAAGGCGCUGCCGCUGGCUGGGGAGCGGGGAGUGGGGCCACCACAGAGAAAAGCCAGACCUAGAGAUGCAGACGUGGUUCGAGCCCCUGAUGGCAGAGCAUCUGGCCCACCCCGAUUGACGCUGGCACAAACAGGCACCCAGCGAAUACGUGGUCAAGGGCAUCACACAGAAGCAGUCAGUCACCCCACCAGCUGGCGCUGAGGAAUGCCCUUCGGUACUUCCCCCCGGACACCCAGGAGCUGCUGGCCCCCGAGUUCGCCCAGGAGCUGCGACUGUAUGGGCACAUCUACAUGUACCGCUUCUGCCCCGACAUUGAAAUGAAGGCCUACCCCGUGGAGCAGUACCCCUGCCGCACGAGAGUGGCCGCAGCCAUCAUGCACAUGAUCAUGAACAACCUGGACCCUGCCGUGGCCCAGUUUCCCCAGGAGCUCGUGACCUAUGGAGGAAACGGGCAGGUGUUCGGCAACUGGGCUCAGUUCUGGCUGACGAUGUCCUACUUGUCCCAGAUGACAGAGGAGCAGACGCUGGUCAUGUAUAGCGGACACCCCCUGGGCCUCUUCCCCAGCAGCCCCGGGGCCCCGAGGCUGGUCAUCACCAACGGGAUGGUCAUUCCCAACUACUCCUCCAGGAUGGAGUACGAGAAGCUCUUUGCCAUGGGGGUUACAAUGUACGGCCAGAUGACGGCGGGCAGUUACUGCUACAUCGGUCCCCAAGGCAUCGUCCACGGCACGGUGCUCACCGUACUGAACGCCGGGCGGCGGUACCUGGGCGUCCAGGACCUGGCCGGGAAGGUCUUCGUCACCUCCGGGCUCGGCGGGAUGAGUGGGGCUCAGGCCAAAGCCGCCGUCAUCGUGGGGUGCGUCGGCGUGAUUGCAGAGGUGGACGGAGCGGCCCUCAUGAAACGCCACAAGCAAGGCUGGCUGAUGGAAGUGACCGACAGCUUGGACCGCUGCAUUGAAAGACUCAGGGAAGCGAGGAAGAGGAAGGAGGCCCUCAGCCUUGGUUACCAUGGCAACGUGGUGGAUCUUUGGGAGCGCCUGGUCCGUGAACUGGACACGACGGGGGAGCUCUUGGUGGACCUGGGGUCAGACCAGACGUCCUGCCACAACCCGUUCAACGGUGGCUACUACCCCGUGCAGCUGGGCUUCGCGGAGGCCCAGAGCCUCAUGGCCUCCGACCCUGCCGCCUUCAAAGCCCUGGUCCAGGAAAGCCUGAGGAGGCAGGUCUCGGCCAUCAACAGGCUGGCCCAGGAGAACUUCUUCUUUUGGGACUAUGGCAACGCCUUCCUCCUGGAGGCCCAGAGAGCAGGGGCCGACGUGGGGAAGACGGGCGCCAAUAGGACGGAGUUCCGCUACCCCUCGUACGUCCAGCACAUCAUGGGGGACAUCUUCUCCCAGGGAUUUGGGCCCUUCCGCUGGGUGUGCACAUCCGGGGACCCGCAGGACCUGGUGGUCACGGACGAGCUGGCCACGUCAGUGCUGGAGGAGGCCAUUGCUGGCGGAGUGAAUCCGGCUGUGGAACAGCAGUACGUAGACAACAUCCGCUGGAUCCGGGAGGCCUCCCGGCACCGGCUGGUGGUGGGCUCCCAGGCCAGGAUCCUGUACUCGGACCAGAAAGGCCGUGUUGCCCUCGCCAUGGCCUUCAACCAAGCCAUUGCCCGUGGGAAGAUCAAGGCACCGGUGGUCCUGAGCCGAGACCACCAUGACGUAAGCGGCACAGACAGCCCGUUUAGGGAGACCUCCAACAUUUGUGACGGCUCUGCCUUCUGUGCAGACAUGGCCGUGCAGAACUUCGUGGGAGGUGCAUUCCGGGGAGCCACCUGGGUUGCCCUGCACAACGGCGGGGGUGUCGGCUGGGGCGAGGUGAUCAACGGGGGAUUCGGCCUUGUGCUGGACGGGACCCAGGAGGCUGAGCAAAAGGCCAAGAUGGUGCUCAGCUGGGACGUGUCCAAUGGAGUGGCCCGCCGCUGCUGGUCCGGGAACCCGAAGGCCUACGAGAUCAUCUGCCAGACGAUGCAGGAGGAUGGGGGCUUGGUGGUGACGCUGCCCCAUGAGGCGGCGGACGAGCGUGUGCUCCAGCGGGCCCUGCGGCUGUGAGCGGGGCCCGGAGCCGUGUGGCCCCCUCACCGCCUCGGUCCCGCCCUCACCUCACAGCCACCUGGCUCCCGCCGCUGCCCACCCCCCACCCCCGUGCUCUCCUGGGUCAGGAGCUGUGCGCGUGCCCUCUUGGGCCUCGCCACCCGGAGGGAGUGUCGCUGCGUCCCCAGUUUACAGCUGAGGCCAGAGAGGCGGGGACCUUUGCUGUCACCACGCGGCUCCCUGGGGACCGGGAAGGCAGUGGGGGUCUUCUUCAGGGCUGGGUGCUCAGGCCUGGCGCGGAGUGGGCUCCGGGGGCCGGUGCCGUGAACACGGGCCAAGCGGGGCACCGACCGGUCCUUGGAGCCGCCUGCUGUCCCUCCUCCCGCCGAGGGGCAGGGCUCCUUGGGCCAGGCUCUCGCCCAUCGCCCCGCCUUUCCCCGACCGACCGACUGGCGUGGGGCCGCCAGGGGACCAGGCAGAGACGGCCUCGCCCGGGCCGGCGACCUCGCUGCACAGAGAGGCCAGCUUUGACCAUGUCCUUAUUCUCCUUGGUUCCCACGACAGGCUCAAAUUGAGAAAGGGAUUGGGGGCCGGUCUCCAAGGAGCCGCAGAAAACUUGACACCCUCCCCCCACAUCUAGCCGGGGGGCCGAGUCCUCCCCACGGGCCAUUCCACCUUUGCCUGAGCUAACAAAACCCCACUGUUGUCUGGGCAGCAACGUGCACGUAAAAAGUAGCGAUUUUCCAGGCUUCCCUGUAAUUAGGAGUGA